GCUGAUCUUUCGUUAUGAAGUCCUGCAGCAAGAACUUUUUUCAUUCGGUUAUAGUAUGAUGAUGUUGCACAAGAACAGGUGCAAGAUAAUCAAGCGGUAGACGCUUCUGAAACUUUUUCUUCGGUGUUGUCAAUAGUAAAGAUUAUUAAAGUGUAUUUAUUGUUGCGAAAAAUUGGAAUACAAAAAUAAACAAAAUGUCUGAUGCAAAAAAAAUUGCUAGUUCUAAAGCAAAAUCAUCAUCUGCAAUCCGCAAUGAAAGUUGGAAAUAUAUACAAAAGUACGUUAACGUAUUAGUCAAUAAUGACGAAAACAACAAUGACAAACGAGUCUACGUUCUUAAACUUGAUGUGGCCAACGAAAAAGUUCGUAAUCUUUUGAAAUUAGAUCAACCUAAAGAAAUACUGGAUUACUAUCGAAACACAAUUCUUAAUUUAGGAAUGAUUGUUCUACGAUUUUCAAUUGAAGAGAAACGAAAGAAACUAAAAGAUAUCUUAUGUUGUUUAUCUGAUGCUUGGGAUUAUUUUUAUUCAACAACCCUUCAUGAGAUAAUGGCAAUUUUCAUUCCAUUGGGAGAUCUUGUUUUUGAAGUAAGAAAUAUUACAUUGCUUGCCUUCAGAGACUUAGUUUUAUUAAAAACAGGAAUAGAGGCAGUGCUUGAAAAUGGGCAAAACAUUUCACCGCACAUAAAGCAAAUGUUUAUAGUUCUAGCUAGCAUUCACGAGUCGAAACCUGCUAGUGAAAACUAUAUGCGAUUGGAAGCACUAACAGUAAAAGUAGUUCGCCCUUAUAUUGGUGUAAAAGGAUAUUAUCCUCCUUUUGAUGAGAUAAAAGUUAGUAGCUCUUCAACACGCAGUUCUCUAAGUAAAAAAAAAGAUUAAAAAAAACUAAAAAAUCAGAGGAAAGUACAAAAAUUUCUCAACUAACAUUCGAAGUAAGUACUCUUAGUGUUACUUUAAGUAAAUCAAAUGAGCUAUCUAAAUAUAUUAAAGAGAGAAUUCAAAGAUGGGAAAAGCAGAGAAGGAAUGCUUGAGAUGGAAUCUGUAAAAUGAUGUUUUUUGAUCUAUUUAUGAUUUAA